AUGGCGUUGGUAAACACCAGCGACGGCGGAGACGAGACAUGGAGGUGGGCGGGAUGCAAGUUUACCCCGACCGACGCAGAACUGAUCGGCAAUUGCCUCCUCAACAAGGUUCGCAAUCUGCCGCUGCGAAUCCCCCCCGGCUUUAGCAUUCCCGAGAUGGAGGUGUACAAGAAAGCGCCCUGGGAAUUGAUGGUCCGAUCCAGCUACCUUCCCACGGGUGUGUCCUACUGCUUCGUCCACGUGCCCCGCUCCAAAGCCAGCGAUAAUAGGCUGAAUCGGAAGACGCUCGGUGGAAGCUGGGUCGCCAACGGGAAGCCCCGCGACAUACCGCUUCGAUAUAGGGGGUCGGCGAUCACCGGGAUUCGGAGGAGUCUCAAAUUCUUCAAGGACAGCGAUGAUCCGAGAAAGAAGAACAAGAAGGACAGCAGCCUCGGUCUGAAGUGGAUAAUGCACGAAUACCGCCUCGACCCCAGCUUGUACGAGACGAUCCCCUCCUACGCGACCGAGGAGAUAAUCUUGUGCCGGAUCACGAACAUGUUAGCAUAA